GCCCUUGCCUUUGGUCCUCAAAAUCCCCUCCUUCCAUCUUCCCCACUCUUCAUCGAACACAUUUCCUUUUCUCUCUCUCUUUCGUUACUGAUUCUUCUGCAAUUUCACUUGCUCUGUUUCUAUCUCGAACAGCGAGAUUUUUGUUUGAGUUUGUGUUUUGGUUUUCGUGUUGAGUUUUGCUCUGGAUAUGGAAGUGAACAAGUUUAUGAUCGGUGGAUAUUUCGAUGCCGGAGUGGGACAAUUUUCACCGGAGAAGACGAAGGCUACGGAGCAUUUCGCCAUUGAUGACCUAUUUGACUUUUCUAAUGAAGAUGCGAUAAUGAUGGACGGUUUCUUCGAUAAUGUGGCGGGAACUUCGACGGAAUCCUCUACUGUUACUGCAGUCGAUAGCUGUAAUUCAUCUGUCUCCGGCGGUGAUCAUCAGCAUUUCCAUGGAAAUAUCGGCUCUCGGAGUUUUGAUGAAUCUCAAUUCUCUGGAGACCUUUGUGUUCCGUGCGAUGAUUUAGCGGAACUCGAAUGGCUCUCGAACUUCGUCGAAGAUUCAUUCUCGACGGAAGGGAAAGAUCUUCAAGCGCUUAAUUACCUCACAAAUAGCCAUUCAAUUUCGAAGCCUCAAACUCCAGAAACUUCAUCUUCCUCGGAAUUACCGCCUUCCGAUUCCUCGAAGAACACGCCGCGUUUCCCCGCCGAAACGCCGCUCCCUUCCAAAGCUCGAAGCAAGCGAUCGCGAACCGCUCCUUGCGAUUGGACCACACGCCUCCUCCACCUCCUCUCUCCUACGGAUCGUAAACCUCCGAAAUCAUCGUCGUCGAAGAAGAAAGACGCUCCAAACGGAGAUUCCUCCAGCCGUAAAUGCCUGCAUUGUCAAUCCGAGAAGACUCCUCAAUGGCGGACCGGACCUAUGGGCCCUAAAACACUCUGCAACGCUUGUGGCGUCCGGUACAAGUCCGGCCGUUUAGUGCCGGAGUAUCGUCCGGCAGCGAGUCCAACAUUCAUAUCGGCUAAACACUCGAAUUCUCACCGGAAAGUUCUGGAGUUGAGAAGGCAGAAAGAGCUUCAAAUGGCGCAACAGCAACAGCAACAGUUCAUAAAUCAGAGUUCAAUUUUUGGGGUAACGAACGGUUGUGAUGAGUACUUGAUUUCUCAUCACAUGGGCCCCGUGAUAGGCAUAUAAUCUAGUGGAUGCUAGUGUAGCAAUCUUACCAUGGACUUCACCAUUUCCCAAUCACGUUUUUUCCCCUUCAUUUUUUCAGUCCAUAAAUGAAAGACAGAGGAGUU